GUUUUGGGUUUAGUCGGUACCAACGGUAUUGGUAAAUCCACUGCACUCAAGAUCCUCUCUGGUAAGAUGAAGCCCAAUUUGGGCAAGUUUGAUGCUCCUCCCGACUGGCAAGAUAUUUUAAAGUAUUUCCGUGGUUCCGAAUUACAAAAUUACUUCACAAAGAUUUUAGAAGAUAACUUGAAGGCCAUCAUUAAGCCUCAGUAUGUCGAUCAUAUUCCCAAGGUCGUUAGUGGCAAAGUUGCUCAAUUAUUGCAAGAUAAGCAUGAACGUAACAAUUACGAGGAAAUGAUUGAUAUGUUGGAUCUCAAGGAUGUUCUUAACCGUGAGGUUGGUCAACUCUCCGGUGGUGAAUUACAAAGAUUCGCUAUUGGUGUCGUCGCCGUUCAACAAGCUGAUGUUUAUAUGUUCGAUGAACCUUCUUCUUAUUUAGAUGUAAAGCAACGUUUAAACGCUGCUCGUGUCAUUCGUUCUCUCAUCUCUUCCAGCACUUAUAUUAUCUGUGUAGAGCACGAUUUGUCUGUCUUGGAUUACCUUUCCGAUUAUAUUUGUAUUCUUUAUGGUAGACCUUCUGCUUAUGGUGUUGUUACAUUACCUUACUCUGUUCGUGAAGGUAUCAAUAUCUUUUUGGAUGGUAACAUUCCUACCGAGAAUUUGCGUUUCCGUGAAGAAUCAUUGACCUUCAAGAUUGCCGAAACUGCCAACGAAGUUUCUAUCUCUAAAGUCAACACCUACAAAUAUCCCAAGAUGCAAAAGAUCCUUGGUGACUUUACAUUGGAUGUCAUGCCUGGUGAGUUCCAAGAUUCAGAGAUUAUUGUCAUGUUGGGUCAAAACGGUACUGGUAAAUCUACCUUUAUUCGUCUCUUGGCCGGUCUCUUGAAGCCCGAUGGUGAUGCUAAGAUUCCUACAUUGAACGUCUCUUACAAGCCUCAAAAGAUUUCUCCCAAGUUCAAGGGUACUGUCCGUAUGUUGUUCUUGAAGAAGAUUAAGGGUGCCUUCUUAAAUCCUCAAUUCAACACUGAUGUUAUUAAGCCUUUGAACAUUGAAAACAUUAUUGAUCAAGAAGUGAUGCAUUUAUCUGGUGGUGAAUUGCAACGUGUUGCUAUUGUACUUGGUUUAGGUCAACCUGCUGAUAUCUAUCUUAUUGAUGAACCUUCUGCUUACCUUGAUUCCGAACAACGUAUUAUUGCUGCCAAGGUGAUUAAGCGUUUCAUUAUCCAUUUCAAGAGAACUGCUUUCAUCGUAGAGCACGAUUUCAUUAUGGCUACUUAUCUUGCUGAUCGUGUCGUCGUCUAUGAUGGUACUCCCUCUGUUCGUGCUACCGCAAACUCUCCUCAAUCCUUGUUGACCGGUAUGAACAAAUUUUUGGCUUCUCUCGAAAUUACUUUCCGUCGUGAUCCUACCAACUUCAGACCCAGAAUUAACAAGUUGGAUUCUCAAUUGGAUCAAGACCAAAAGUCUACUGGUAACUACUUUUUCUUGGAACAAUAA